UUCUCUGCUUUAGGAAACGUGGCCUUACAGCCUCAGUAGCAUCACGGAAGGAGUCAUACAAACGUCAGUGGUGCGGAUGAAUGACAAAGCCUACUGUUCUAUAUUUCCAUUAGCCUCUCGGUCCUCACGUCUGUUUGCUCUCAAACCCAGUCCCUGUCCUAAAAAGGUAUGUCUGAGGCAGGAACAGCCCCGGACUCAGCACCUGAGGCCGUCACCGCCGCGGUGUCCGCAGUGCUGGAAGCCCUGAACGCCACGGACUCGAAUGGCACCGAAACGUUAAACGCCACGGCGAAGUUCGUGGCUACAGCCGAGGGGACAGCGUUAGCUUACGGCAGCCUGGUCUUCAUGGCGCUGCUGCCCAUCUUCUUCGGAGCCCUGCGUUCCGUGGACUGCUCCAAAUCCAAGGAACUCGGAGAACAUGAUAAAGACUCUGGUUUCAGAAAUGCAGCAGAUAUGCCAGAGACCAUCACCAGUCGAGAUGCGGCGAGGUUUCCCAUCAUCGCCAGCUGUACGCUGUUUGGGCUCUACCUCUUCUUCAAGGUGUUUUCUCAAGAGUACAUCAACCUGCUUCUGUCGGUCUACUUCUUUGCUCUGGGCGUCCUGUCUCUGUCGCACACCAUGAGUCCUCUGGUGUCCAGAAUCUUUCCUGCUUCGUUUCCGAACAAGCAGUACCAGCUGCUCUUCACUCAGGGCUCAGGGGAGUCCAAAGAAGAUAUCGUGAACUACGAGUUUGACAGCAAGAACCUGGUCUGUCUGCUCAUCAGCAGUGUGGUCGGAGUCUGGUACCUGCUGAAGAAACACUGGAUAGCCAAUAACCUGUUUGGUCUGGCGUUUGCUCUGAACGGAGUAGAGCUGCUCCACCUAAACAACGUCAGUACCGGCUGCAUCCUGCUGGGGGGGCUGUUUGUCUACGACGUGUUCUGGGUGUUCGGGACUAACGUCAUGGUAACGGUCGCCAAGUCGUUUGAAGCACCAAUCAAAUUGGUGUUUCCUCAGGACUUGCUGGAGAAAGGCCUUCAGGCAAACAACUUCGCCAUGCUGGGUCUGGGAGACAUCGUCAUCCCAGGGAUCUUCAUCGCUUUGCUUCUGCGUUUCGACGUCAGUCUGAAGAAGAACAGCAGAACGUAUUUCUACUCCAGCUUCCUUGCCUACAUCUUUGGACUGGGCCUCACCAUCUUCGUCAUGCACACCUUCAAGCACGCACAGCCUGCGCUCCUGUACCUGGUCCCAGCAUGCAUUGGUUUUCCAGUCCUAGUGGCUAUGUUCAAAGGAGAGCUAACUGAGAUGUUCAGGUACGAGGAGGCUUCGCCCGAGGAGGCAGCGCUCAAAGAGGAGGCAUCACAGCCAGAGAAGAAGGACCAAUAGGACAGCAGUACUGCUGCUUCUAAGCCCCGCCUACUGAUGAUCACCUGACCAGCCAUCGUCCGCUGCUGCCACACCACUCUGAAGCUCGGUCAACUUUCAGUCCCUGCCAUUUCUGCUUUGUGUUUGUCUCUGAGGGGGGCGGGGCUAGUAGAGCUGACAAUGCCUACUUUUUAAGAAAAAAAACAAAAAAAAAAGUUUUUGAAAUCCUUACAGCGAAACCAUGGUAACAGCUGCUGUGAUGGCAUUGGUUGUUCCCCAUCUGAAGGCAGCGCACGAGCACCCGGGUCACAGCGUCCUGCUUUGUCGUUUCCUUCAUCAGGUCGAGGUCAAAAAAAUGGAAGAUAUUGCUCGUUCUCCCCCUUUUUUCUUUUUUUUUUUCUCUCUUUUUUUUCCUUGUGGAUUUUUGUUUUGGGUUCAUUCUACGGUGAACCACCUCUUGCUUCUCGUCAGCAUUUUAUUGGAUCCUUUUUUGUAAAACCGUAACGUUUCAUUUCCGUAAUGUUAUUCGUUAGUUUGUUUUAAGGCUGUUUGUUUACAAAUUUGAACGCGUAUGUUCAUUUGAAAAGUAUAGAAACAAAUGUCGGGAUCAGAUGUUAAGCUCAGUUUGUCAGUAUCAAUAAAGAACAUGCUUCAAUUUGAA